UUAAUUAUAAUGAUUUUUUACGUUAAAUAUUGUUUACGUGUAAUGAUCUUAUUUCAUUAUUUUUUUAAUUAAACAAUAAGGAAUAAAAGAAAGACUGACGUUUUAUUUAAAACAUACUGAAUUUAUUUAAUAUCAAUAAAUACAUAAAUUCCUAAGAAUCAAGUAUGGCAGUUUAUAUGGUUCAAAAGACUGUUAUGUCUUUUUGCACUUGUGGUUUAUUGAAAAUAUUACCUGAUUUAUUUUUUUGUCGUCAUUGUUUAACACUGCGAUGUGAUUAUUGUGUAAGUCAUGAAAUAGAUACUACAUUUUGCCCACAUUGUUUUGAAAAUCUUUCUUCUACUGAAGCUAAGCAUAAAAAGAAUCGUUGUGCUUCUUGUUUAGAAUGCCCAAGAUGUUUUAAUACUCUUUCAACAAGAUCUUAUUCUCGUCAAACAGAUCCAAAAAAACCCCCUCAGAAAUUGUAUUAUUUACUUUGUCUAUUCUGUAAUUGGCGAUCACAUGAACCUAUUGUUCCGGAUCAACCAACCUCAUCAGGUAAUUGGCCUAUUUACAAAAAUCCAAAUGAAGCUCGAAUUACCGAACUCAUAAAUUACUAUAAAUCGUUGACAUUAAAAGAAAUUUUUGAUAAGCAAAAAAAGAGUACCAAAAACUAUGGGCGUAAUUAUAUGCAUUUUUUGGAAAAAUUUGGUUUGAAUGCUAUGAUGGCAAGGAAACGUGCUGGUUUACCAAAUUUUCCAUUAGAUGGGAAUACAAUCAAUACACCUCAGCUUAGUUUAGCUGAAGCUGUAGAAGAUGUCCCUGAACUUCCAAAUGAUAUUUUUGAAGCUGAUAUAGAUUUUAAGAAUAUUUCUACUUUAGAACAACGAUUUGCAACUCCAGAUUUUCAAGAUGAAAAUAUUGAUAAUCUAUAUCCUAUACGUAAACAUCUUCAUGUAAAACAUUCACUUCGUUGUAGAGUUUGUGAACAUAAUGUUGUAAAACCGGAAUAUAAUGCUGUGAAAUUUAAAAUAAAACACUUAGCUUAUUAUCAUGUUCCUGAGAUAAAAGUGAUUAAAUGUGAUCCUUUACAACCAGGAAAAGUGAGUCAAUUAAUUUUAAAAUUGUGUAAUCCUGCUCAAACUUUAACAGUUGUGAGCUUUGAAAAAUUAAAUUUGUCAACUAUUAAUGAGGUGAAAGAAACCAGGCGACUUGAAAAUGAUGAUCAAAUACCACCAAAAAAAUUACCUGAAUCAAUCAAUAUAAAUUUAAGCCUAAUAAAUGAUAUUGUUAUUCCUAAAGGCGAAAUUAAAAUUGCUGCCAGAGAUGAUACAGCUGAGUAUGAUGAUACAAAUGAAGUAAAUAUUGAUAUUGAUGACCCAAAAUAUAUCUCUUGGAGAAAAGGAAAUAAGGUCGCUUUGAAAUUUGAAAUUCAAAUCCCUGAUAAUGAAGAAAUAAAAGCUAAUGUUCAGGUGGGAUUUGUUAUGAAUUUCACAUAUUUAGACACAAUUCCACAUGUUGCAACCUUGCCAAAACAACCACAAAGUGUAUUAGUACCAUUAAAAAUUGUUUUGAAUUUACCAUCUAAUAUUUAGUUAAAUAAUUUUAUAAACAAGCUAUAAUUUUACUGGUUCAUAAUAGUUUUUUCAAAACCAUUUAUAAGUUUAAAUAAAACUAAAGUUAAACAAA